AUGCCACAGCACUCCAAGCAGGCGGCCAUGGAGUUGCUCCUUCUCCCUUCCCGUGCCACCGUCUCCCGACGGCUCCAGCCAACCGCCCCACUCCGCCGCGCCAGCGCGGCCACCUUCCGGCCGUCGGCCAGCUCCGGCAACGUCGAGGCCACCACCGGCGCCACGGCGACGACGUCGGCAGCCAAGACCGGCCAAGAAUGGCGCGCGGGCGGCCGUCAGGGCCAGGCGCGGUUCGGGCUCGACCUGGACCUGUCCGAGGAGAUGAGGCGUGAUAUGAUGUGGCGGAUGCUAGCCUUCCCCGCGGCGGCGGUUGCGGCGGAGGCCGCUCUCCUGUGGGCGCUCAACAGCGGCGUCGACGCGCCCGCGUGGGCCGGCAAGGCGGGCUCGGCCGUGCUGUUCGCUGCGGGGCUGCUCGGGUCCCAGUACGGGUUCUUCUCCUCGAGGUGGGACGCCGCGGAGACGGGGUCGGUGGUGGGGUGGAAGCUCGCCGCCCGGCACUGGAACGCCCUAUCCAUGGCCAGGGGUUCGUCCAUGGAAGAGGAAGAUGAGGAGGACGACGAGGAGUGGGAGUGGGUGUACGAGGAAGACGAGGAAGAAACUGACGAUUAG